CACCGAAGAUCGUUAACGUUCGACGUCCGUCCGCGCAGUCGUUUGCCGUACGCCACAGUCGUUUCGCCGCGACCGUACUAUAAUAAUAAUAAUAAUAAUAUUAUUAUUAUUAUUAUUGUAUAAUAUUCCAGUGUGUCUGUGCGAUUCCACGCCCGUAAUUUGUAAUAAAUUAUUUCGGAUUUUAUAAUUUUGCAAACAUUGUUAACGAAAAACUUUUUUUACUAUUAUAAUUUCGACCGCGGGUGUUUCGUAUUAUUUUCAUCCACCUAGUGUAAAACGCUGAAUCCGACACUAUAGUGUGUAUGUGCAGUGUGAACCAUGAUCAUGAGUAACGAAAACCAAUACCUGAGACCGGAUUAUUUAACUCCUCUACCGUCGUUGGACGCCAAGAACAGUCCACUGGCGCUGUUGGCGCAGACUUGCAGUCAGAUCGGAUCCGACGCACCGGCGCCGCAGAAUGGCAAGACAAACUCGGACAAGAUUGGCAACCACCACAAGAAGACGUCGUCGUCACUCUCUUCGACGUCAUCGUCAUCUUCCGACCACGGAGGCGGUGGUGGCGGUGGCGGCCGAGACAAGCGUUCGCCGUCGCUUUCGUCGUCGUCGUCGUCGUCCUGUUCGAACAGCGGUUCGCCGCCCGGCCGGACGUCGGUAGUCCACAACCACCUGCAGCCGACCCCGAUCACUCCCGUCACCACCACGGCCCGGUCGAGUUUCAAACCGUACGAAUCGUGCGUUCUCCGACCGGCCGCCGAAGUGGCCGCGGCUGCAGCCGCCGCCGCCGCCGCCACCACCAACGCCACGUCGAUCAGCCUGGACGCGACCAUAAGGAGAGCGACGCCCGUGGCCAUCGGUGGCGCCGGUGACCGGUGCAGCAGCAAAGAGAGCGCUUCGAGUCGCAAGUCGCCGGCAGAAGACGCGGCCGCCGCGAGCAGAAAACACGGCGAACAAUCGCACAACAAACAUUCGUCGUCGUCGGCCGCAUCGGUGGCCGCUCUGAUGGCAGCCGCCGGUUACCCGUCGGCGCACCACCACCCACAGUUGUCCGCGCACCCACAUCACCAUCACCACAUGGCGGCGUUGGGCGGAUCGCCCCUCAUGAGCCCCUAUUUCAGAUCUGGCGCCGGGGCGCCGCCACUGCCGUGCCGCGACCCGUACUGCGCGGGUUGCCAGCUGGCCGCUCACUUGGCCGCCGGCAAACAACCACCACAGCCGGCGGCCACGUGCCCGGCCGGUUGCACGCAAUGCGACGCCAGCCCGAAGACGGUGGCGGCCGCGGCCGCUGCCGCCGCAGCCGCUCACCACCAUCACCAACAGUCCGCUGCUCAUCACCAACACCAACAGCAGCACCAGCAGCAACACCACCAUCACACGAUGGCCGCGGCGUACGCACACGCCCAACUGGCCGCGCUGGCCGCGGCCGCCAGCCAAUUGCCGUACGUGUGUUCGUGGAUGGGCGCCGACCUGCCGUCGUACUGCGGCAAGCGAUUCGGCACGUCCGACGAGCUGCUCCAACACCUGCGCACGCACACCUCCGACCCCGCGGCCGCGCUGCCGCUGUUGCAGCGCUCGUACCCGACGCCGCCGCUCAGCCCGUCGGCCGCCGCGGCCGUCAGCCGGUACCACCCGUACGCGUCCGGCAAACAUCACUCGCCGUACGGUUUCCCGUCCGGUUACCCGUCCUCGCCGCUGGCUAUGCCGCCACAUCCGGGCCUGUUGCCGCCGUACUUCCCGGCCGUCGCCUACUCGCCGUACGCCGCCGCAGCCGCAGCCGCUGCCGCCCCGCGACUGGGAACGUCGCCACACACAUAACCCUGUCCCCGCGGAAAGUCUUAACGAUUUGUUAAAUGUAUUAUUAUUAUUAUUAUUAUUAUUACGAUCGUCGUACCGCUGUUAGUCGCGAUGAGUGUUGUUAGCUGAUGAUUAGCGAAAUUUGUUUUAUUAUUUUUAUUUAUGUUUAUCUCUAUAAUAUGUAUACAAUACACAAUAUACUGUUAUUGUUGUGUAACAAUAAUAACCGAGUACAUUAUUAUAUACAUACACCAGCUAUUAUUAACGCUGCUUUUUUAUUAUUAUUAUUAUUAUUAUUAUUACGUUCUAUAGGUACGCGUUAUAAUUUUUAUUUCAUUUGAACGAAAAAAAAAUAAUUUACUAAAAUGUCAUAUAAUUGAUCCGCUUUUUAUCUUAAUCGGUUUAAUAAUAAGUUAUUGCGUAUAGGAACCUAUAUAUUAUAUAUAUUUUUAUUUUGUUAUCGACUACGUUACCUUGUUUUUAUUUAUUUAU